GCAAAGCAAACACUGUAUUCGCUCCUGUCAGUGGAGCGCGACCGCAAAGCGAAGCAGUGCUUCUGGAGCAGCUAAUCCUCUUAUGUAAGCGCUCAUUUAAUUCAGUUUUCAGCGUGGCCUCUAAUCCUCCAUCAGCUGUGUGUUAAUCCACAGGAGAAGAUGUCACUCUCAGGCAGCAAACGGUCAAACAUCUGCAGAUGUUCGGGACGUUUCUCAGCAGAACGGAAAUAUGAAAUGCUGCACAGUGUUGAUUUUAUUUAUUUAUUCAUUUAUUUAUUUUUACACUUAAAAAGUCGUUAUUACGGUUAUCUUCUCGUCUCCUCUGAGAAAGAGCAAUCAAUACAGCUCUCUCAGACGCAACAGAUGGAUUCAAUUCCCUAAGCUAAACACGGCAGGUGAUUAUUACUGUUCCAAAAAGUGAAAAUUGAACAUUAUUACUCCCAGACUUGCAUUUAAGCCUUUAAAAUGCUGCAAGUUUUCUGAAGGUCUUUCAGAGUUUCUCUUUGGACUUUGACUGCUAUUCCGUUCAGUUUCAGCUUAAAUACAGGCAAAGGAAUGUGUAUGCAUGAAAGAUAAAGGAAUGAAAGUAAAGUUUGUUGUUGCUGUGUCAGUGGAUGUGGAGGGAUAACAACUUCCUCUCCCUCCCUCUCUCUCUUUCUCCCUCUCUGCUCAUCAUCCCCUGAUGUCAUCAAGCACAGAAAGAGAGAGAGAAGGAGAGAGAGAUAGAGCGAGCUGCAAGCAGAGUGGUCAACUGUUUCUCCUCUUCAGGUUUUUCGGUCACCUCUCCGAGUACCAGCAGCAUGACGGAGCCUCCGAGCGGCCUGAGCAGUCCAGAUGUGGAGGUGAAGAGUCUGCAGCUGGACGACCGCCCAGAGUCAGAGUCUGCGGACAGCGGCAUCGGGGACGGGGACGAGCUGCCGGUUCCUCAGCAGAUCCUGAUCAGCAACGUCACAUGCGACUCCUUCAAGAUCAGCUGGAACAUGGAGAGCAGAGGCCAGGAUCGGAUCACGCAUUACUUUGUUGACCUGAACAAGAAGGAAGACAAGAGCUCCAACAAGUUCAAGCACAUGGACGUACCGACCAAGCUGGUGGCCAAAGCGGUUCCUCUGCCGAUGACGGUCAGAGGUCACUGGUUCCUGAGCCCUCGGACGGAAUACACCGUGGCCGUUCAGACAGCCACCAAGCAGCCUGACGGAGAAUACGCUGUUUCUGCUUGGAGCGAGAUCGUCGAGUUCUGCACAGCGGACUACUCCACCGUCCAGCUGAAGCAGCUCCUGCUGAAAGCAGAGGCCAUCGCCGGCAGGAUGCUACCAUUCACCGUCUUCUACAGAAACCAGCAGAGGGAGUACUUCCAACCAAACAGCCAAUAUUACCGCUCCAGAGAUGCUCAGUGCUGUCGCAUGCUGCCGUCAGUGAAGGACAACAGCGGCAGCCACGGCUCACCCAUCAGCGGUAAGCUGGAAGGAAUCUUCUUCAGCUGCAACACAGAGUUCAACACUGGGCGACCUCCGCAGGAUUCUCCGUACGGGCCGUACCGCUUCCAGAUCCAAGCAGACCUCCUGUUCAACCAGAACACCAACGCCUACUUUGGGGAUUUUUACUGCAUGUACACCUCGUAUCACUAUGUCAUUGUGGUCCUGGCCCCCAGUGGCUCCAAAGGGGACAUUUUUUGUAGAGGUAAGCUGCCAGCCUUGGAUAGGUCAAACAACUGCUUCCUGAGCUGCGGUGAGGAAGAGGACGGCUCGCUGUCCUUCCGUCACGCUCAGGACGUCAUCCUGGAGGUGAUCUACACGGAGCCGGUGGAUGUGUCUCUGGGGACGGUGUCACAGAUCAGCGGACACCAGCUGAUGAGCCUGUCUACCCUCAACGCCAAGAAAGACCCCAGCUGCAAGGUCUGCAACAUCAGCGUGGGACGUUAGCGGCUUCUUCAGACAGUAUGACCAGCUGACCCCAUGGUAACAAGCACAGGAGGUACUAACUGACUUUAACUCUACUGGUUACGUGCCCAGCCGAAAGGGUCCUCCCAGAAACCAGGCUCCUGGAUUGGUUCGGCAUCAGCAAGACAGCGCCCUCAUGUGGUCGCUUGGAUGAAGAUGGUGCAGGGUGGAUAAAGAAAACAUGGAAACUGCUGUUGGUUUCCUCCGCCAGUCUGUUGUUUUUAUAACCUUUUCUGUCUGUUUUUAUUGUUCCCAUGGCAAUCGAUGUCGGUUUACAAAAUAUGCAUCUAACCCCCAAAAGCUUAGAGAUUAUCAUUGCCUUAUCUUUUGUUUCAGUUGAGCUCUUCUGCAAAUUAAGUGUUUGGGUCGGGGGAGGUUGCAAAAUCGAAAUAAAAGCUAGAAACAAAACUAAUUCAAAUGGCAACAGAAGACUGUGUUUGGGUAGUUUAUGUCAGACUGUUAGUCAGUGGAGAAUAACGUCUAGAUGCUGUGAAUGUUCUGUCUUCAGAAUCAAUAAACAGAAAUGUUACCUGAAAAAAUA